GCUUCCUUGGAAGCAUAUCCCAAUUAUUCGCUUCUCCUCAUAUCAAAAACCGUCCAGAUUUUUCUACAAAAUUCUCUUGUUUCCGUUACAAUAUUCGGUCGAGAGCUCUCAGAAUCGAGAUUUACUUUGGUUCCUAUUGAAAUUCAUCGCUUUAAUCUCUAAGACCGAAUGAUCUGAUGGAAUCAAAGGGUGGGAAGAAGUCUAGUAGUAGUAAAUCCUUAUUCUACGAAGCUCCACUUGGAUACAGCAUUGAAGACGUUCGACCACACGGAGGAAUCAAGAAAUUCAAAUCUGCUGCAUACUCUAACUGUGCGCGGAAGCCAUCCUGAGAUCUGUUGGGUUGUGCAAUAACCACCAGAGGUGGUUUAAGGAACAGUGUCUACAUUAAAAUUCAGCAACUGUCUUUGUUUAAUUUCUUAUUUCCAGCUACCGUCUUUGUUUAAUUUCUUAUUUCCUUGUCCUUGUUCUUGCUUUCCACUUCACUCCUUUCCUUCAAGACAAAAUGGCCUUGACAGUUUCUGCGAUUGGAUUUGAAGGUUAUGAAAAGAGGCUUGAGAUUUCUUUUUACGAACCUGGAAUAUUUUCUGACCCUGGAGGUCUUGGCCUCCGAUCUUUGUCCAAAUCUCAAUUGGAUGAAAUUCUAGACCCAGCUCAGUGCACCAUUGUGUCUUCGUUGUCUAAUGAUGAAGUCGAUUCAUAUGUCCUAUCAGAGUCUAGCCUUUUUGUGUACCCAUACAAGAUAAUAAUUAAAACUUGUGGGACUACAAAGCUGCUGCUUUCUAUCCCAAUCAUCCUCAAGCUUGCUGAUAUCCUCGGACUCACCGUGAGUUCUGUAAGAUACACCCGUGGAAGUUUCAUAUUUCCUGGGGCUCAGCCAUUUCCGCAUCGUAGCUUUUCUGAAGAAGUAGCUGCUCUAGACGGCUAUUUUGGCAAACGUGGGCUGAGCAGCAACGCCUAUGUGAUGGGUGGUGCUGAUGAAGAUCAGAAAUGGCAUGUCUACUGUGCAUCAGCUACCCUGACGGAUGAUCUGGGUCCGGUAUACACCCUAGAAAUGUGCAUGACUAAUUUGAACCAGAAGAGGGCCUCUGUAUUUUACAAAACUCAAUCAAGCUCUGCAGCUGUCAUGACUGAAGCUUCCGGCAUCAGGAAAAUUCUCCCCAAUUCUGAGAUAUGUGAUUUUGAUUUUGAUCCCUGUGGUUACUCCAUGAAUGCCGUUGAAGGUGCUGCAAUCUCUACAAUUCAUGUGACUCCAGAGUAUGGCUUCAGUUAUGCAAGUUUUGAAGCAGUUGGAUAUGAUUUCAAAGUGGUUGAUUUGUCCCUCCUGCUUGAGAGGGUACUGGCUUGCUUCCAACCUGCCAAGUUUUCUGUAGCUUUGCAUUCUUCUGUUGCCAGGAAGGACCUUGAUCUGGACUUCACGCUUAAUAUGAAUGGAUAUGCAUGUGGAGGAAGGAGCUUUGAAGUUGCUGGUCAUGGAGGAUCUGUUAACUAUAGCAGCUUUAUCAGUGCUGGAAACUGCGGUUCUCCAAGGUCUAUUCUGCAAUUCUGCUGGAACGAUGACCAGGGCAAGGAAGUCGAGAAGAAAUAAUUAUGCACAUGGUUUUCUCGACUAAGUAGUAGUGUCUUUAGUGUGGUUGAUAAUAAGAUGCUGAGAUUAUUCAGCCUUUUACUUUACUGAACUAUUCUCUAUUUAGCGUGUGGAGUCUCCGAGUGUUGGAGCAUCAAUAAAUUAGUUUAGUUUUUUCAAUAAAAUCAGUUGACUGUGUAGAUGGUCCUGAUGUGUGUGAUAAAUUUUCAGAAGGCUGAGAUAAUAUUGACACUGUUUUCCUUGUGCGUA